AUAGGAAGCGGAAACGAGGCCGGACACGUAACUUGUGAUUGGUGGACGGUUCCGGACAAUGUGAAUGGCAGCGUUUAUUGUUCGACGUCUCAGACUCACGAAGGUAGUAACUUUGUGACUCCCAACUCGGGCUGAAGUGUCGCUUUAAUUUCCCGGAAAAACAUCAAGCCGGUAACAGUGGUCGUUUUUAAGAAAGUCGGACGACAGCGAGUGUGUAGUUUGGAGCGUUUCGUCGCCUUUCAACGACAUUUUCUCGCCGGCGAACUGCGGUGUGUUGAUGUCAUCUGGGAUUGGAAUGGUUAACUCCCUUUAGCACGGCCAGCUAAUUUAUUUGCAUUUCAAAGGCGAGAGGAGAUUCCAUUGACUCUCUUGUUUCUUUGAAUUGCAAAGUUUGAGCUGUCUAACCCCCUCGCAACAAGUCUAGACGGCUUGACUGCACCAGGCCGAUCCGGGCAAAUUGGGCCGUUCGUCUCAGGCUGCUCUGGGCCAGGCUGGCGAUGGAGAUGAAGGAUCCUGACACCCCUGACUUUGGAUCCUUGAAGGAGGAAGUGCACUACUGGAAGGAACAGGCUGCCAAGCACCAGCACAAUGCGGAGGAGGCCCGGGAGGAGCUGCAGGAGUUCCAGCAAAUGAGUCGUGACUACGAGGCCGAGCUGGAAGCAGAGCUCAAAGUUUACGAGAAGCGCAACCGUGAGCUGCUGGCCGCCAACAACCGCCUGCGAAUGGACCUGGAAAACUACAAGGAGAAGUACGGCACGCAGCACUCAGAGGCGUGCCGGCAGAUGUCGACGCUGGAGGGCGAGCUGGCCGAGGCCACGUCCAUCCGAGACCACCUGCACAAGUACAUCAGGGAGCUGGAACAGGCCAAUGACGACCUGGAGCGGGCCAAGAGGGCCACCAUCAUGUCGCUGGAAGACUUUGAGCUGCGCAUGAACCAGGCCAUCGAGAGGAACGCCUUCCUGGAGAGCGAGUUGGACGAUAAGGAGAACCUGCGCGAGUCCGUGCAGAGGCUCAAGGACGAGGCCAGAGACCUGCGCCAGGAGCUGGCCGUACAGCAGAAGCAGCACACGCACAACUCUGAAGUAAUUGGCGCAGGCUUGUCCACAUCGCUCUCCAAGUUCAGAAGCAAACGGAUGGCUUUAAUUGUCACCUGUGUCACUUUGCGCCUCAUUUUGUAUGGCACUUCUCCUGGGCACGUCAUUUCACACCGUCCCCUUUCUCCGUCCCUCCAGGAGAAGUACGGCACGCAGCACUCAGAGGCGUGCCGGCAGAUGUCGACGCUGGAGGGCGAGCUGGCCGAGGCCACGUCCAUCCGAGACCACCUGCACAAGUACAUCAGGGAGCUGGAACAGGCCAAUGACGACCUGGAGCGGGCCAAGAGGGCCACCAUCAUGUCGCUGGAAGACUUUGAGCUGCGCAUGAACCAGGCCAUCGAGAGGAACGCCUUCCUGGAGAGCGAGUUGGACGAUAAGGAGAACCUGCGCGAGUCCGUGCAGAGGCUCAAGGACGAGGCCAGAGACCUGCGCCAGGAGCUGGCCGUACAGCAGAAGCAGCACACGCACGCACACGUGGCCAGCACCCCCACAGAGCCUUCAUCAUUAUCAUCAUCGUCGUCAUCUUCGGUCCCCGCCCCGGCCCCCUUCAGCACGCCUCCCUUCACACCUCCAGUCAUAAUGUCUGCCAACACGCCCAUCAGAGUGCCCGCCGCCAAAGCCCAAACGCCGUCCGUCAAUUCGGGUGGCGUGAGCGCGUCAGCGAGUCCUCUGACGACGUCCGCCAGGAUUUCGGCGCUCAGCAUCGUCGGCGAGCUGCUCAGGAAAGUCGGGAAUCUGGAAUCCAAGCUGGCAUCGUGUCGCGAGUACGUCCACGAGCAGCCAGCUGGCCGCGGGCUACCCGCCGAGAAAAUCCCCGAUGCGCAGACCACCAACGGACUCUACCACAAAGGGCUGGUCAAGAGGUUGGACUUCGGAGCAGGAGCCAAACUGCUGCUGUGAGACAUCAGAGAGAUUUCUCACGUCUCGGCACUUUCCCGGUGUGGCUACGUGUGUAAGAAACAACAAAACGUCCGGAGGCACUCGCACUUCAUUCAUUCAUUCUCUGACUGACUAUGGUUCUUCUUUUUUUUUUUUUUUUUUUUUUUGCAACACUGUCUGCACUGCUGUGACAGGACAGAGGAUGAGUGACAUUUUGUUCAUAUCAUCUGUAAAAUUUUGCUCAAAAAUGGGUAUUGUAAACACACACACACAGUUGGGGGGGUGGUCAGGGGCCACAAGAUUUGUUUUUUUUUUGGUUUUUUUUUCCCCCAAUUCCCCAUAAAAAUCAUCACACGAUGGAGGGGAAAAUGCAUUGUUAAAAAGUCAUAUUUUCAAGAAUUAAUUGUGAAUCUUUCUCCAAAAUUCAGUUUUUCUAAAAGUAAACACCUAAAAAACAAACAAUAAAAGAGUCACAUUUGUCCGAAGAAAAACAUGCACAUUCCUCCUCCAAAAAUUGUAGUUUUUUUUUUCAAUAAAUAGCAUUGUUUUUCGAGAACAAAUUGCUUCAUUGCUUGAACUACCUUAAUAUUACAAGUUUAUUUUUCAAAAUAGUUUUUUCCCCACAAAAGCACGUAUUUUUAUAGGAAAAAAUAAAAAAGCGUUUUCAAAUAGAUUUAUAAAAAAAUCGUUGAGUUUUUCAAGAGUGGAAGUUUUCUGCAAAAAGUCACAAUAUUAUCAGAAUAAAAGUACCUUUUUCAAGAUUAAAAAAAAAAGACAAUAUAGAAAUAAAGGCUUAAUUGUUCCAAAAUCAGAUUUUUUUUUUCCAGGAAAAGAAACUCAGGUUUGGUUUUUCCAGAAAAAUACAUUAAAAUAAAGGUACGCUGUAGUUUUGUUUUUAAUGAGAAAUGGCAUACUUCGGGGG